GCGGUCCAUGGGUGGGAGUGUAGCACCGCUCCCACGUGACCGACGAGUUUAUGCAAAAUGGCGGCGCCCAGAGGUGCUGUUGGUAUGCUUCGGCUGUUCGCGGGCCAUGUGACUGGCUGUCAGCGUGUUUUCUACUCAUCAGUUAAUCAUAUCUACUUACACCCAUCAAGCAUUCAUCAAAGAAGAUAUAUUUUUUGCCACAGACAGAAAAAUGCUUAUAAGGUAGUUUGGCCAGCUGAUGUUUCUCCUCCUUAUCCAGUUCCUAAGCAUAUAAAGCAGCCAGACUAUGUGACGACAGGCGCUCCGCCUGACAUGGGAGACGAAAUAGACCUUAAGAAUGAAGAUCAGAUUCAGCGGCUUCGUCAGGCUUGUCAGCUGGCCCGUCGUGUCCUGCGUCUGGCUGGGAGGAGUGUAAAGGUUGGCAUGACUACAGAAGAAAUAGAUUAUUUGGUUCACCAUGAAAUAAUCAAGCACAAUGGUUACCCGUCACCUCUAGGAUUUAAAGGUUUUCCAAAAUCUGUGUGUACUUCAGUAAACAACGUGGUAAGCCAUGGAAUUCCUGACAGCCGCCCUCUCCAGGAUGGUGAUAUUGUUAACAUUGAUGUCACAGUAUAUCUCAACGGCUACCAUGGUGAUACAUCCGAAACACUGUUAGUGGGGAAUGUGGAUAAGGCUGGUCAAAAGUUAGUGGAGGUUGCCAGGAAAUGCAGAGAUGAAGGAAUUGCAGUUUGCAGACCUGGGGCUCCUUUCUCCGUAAUUGGAAACACAAUCAGCAACAUUGCCCAUCAAAAUGGUUUUCAAGUCUGCCCUUACAUUGGUGGUCAUGGGAUAGGAACGAACUUACAUAGUAAUCCUGAAGUUUGGCAACAUGCAAACGAAAACGAUGUAUUAAUGGAGAAGGGAAUGGCAUUCACAAUAGAGCCUGUAAUAAUGGAAGGAAUGACCGAAUGUUGUCUCCUGGAGGAUGGUUGGACUCUGAUAAGUGCAGACCUCAAAAGAUCAGCUGUGUUUGAGCACACCAUCGUCAUUACAGACAAAGGAGCAGAAAUCCUGACCCUCCUGCCUGAGGAAACUUAAGAGCCACCAGCUGGCAAAAGAACCUUUUUCCCUGCGGUUCUUCCCGGGAGAAGCUGGCACGAAGGGCUGUAUCAAAACCCAUUUAUUUAUUUAGGGGAACGGCUUUCUUGUAUGAUCCUCAAAGGACACCGAUGUAAACUGGAUAAUCUUUGAACAAAGCAUGUAAUCUCUUCUACUCCACAACUAUGAAAAAUAUAAUCCCCCCUUUCCUUAAAAAAAAAA